AAAACAGACACACCUCAUUCUCAAGUAUCUCUCAACUCUCAACUAUACACAUUGGUUCUCUCAUUUUCAACAUUCAAAAGGAAAGAAAAAGAGCCAAGACGUAGUGGAUUUUGGUCCAUGUAUGCAACGAAGGAGCCACGCUCGAACACGAUGUCCCUAACCAAUUAUCAUCGUCUUCAUCUUAACAUAAAACACAUAAAAACAUAAAACUCUUUUUUUCUUUCCAUUUCUCACUCUCUUCUCUUCUCUUCUCUUCCACUCUCCCAAAUCAAAUCCCCCCAAUGUCUUCUUCUCUUUCCCCUUGUCCCUCUUCCCUCGACCAAAUCCUUCGCGACGUCGACGACUACGUUCUGGAAAAUGGAUCAGAAGAUUUGUCAUGGGACACACUUCAUUAUGUGUACGAGCUUGUGAAGAAUGGGAAUGCGGCAUUUCGAGAGAACAGAAUGCAAGAGGCAAUCAACUUAUACUCGAGAGCCAAUAACAUCAAAUCAGGUGAUCCAAUCAUCCUCAGCAAUCGAAGUGCAGCUUAUAUUAGGAUUAGCGAAUAUUUCAUGCGCAGAACAUCAUCAUCUUCAGAACGUAGGCCAUUGAGUGGGCUUGAACCCACAACAAUUGCUGAACUGGGUUUGAAGGAUGCUGAGAAGCUUGUUGAACUCCAAAGUAAUUCAGCAAAAUCAUAUCUUUUAAAGGCCAGUGCUCUUUUACUGUUAGAGAAAUAUGAAAAAGCCCGGGAUGUUAUUCUUUCAGGUCUUCAAGUUGAUCCUUUUAGUAAUUCUCUUCGGGCUUCUCUUCAAAAUUUGGAAAGAGUUUCAUCUAGUUCAACAGGGAUGAGUACACAUGGACAUCCAGAACGUAAUGAUGAUUUUGAUUGCACUCUCUGCCUGAAGUUACUGUAUGAACCUGUCACAACCCCUUGUGGACAUUCUUUUUGCCGAUCGUGUCUAUUUCAGUCAAUGGAUCGUGGAAACAGAUGCCCAUUGUGUAGGACAGUUCUGUUUAUUAGUCCCAGAACAUGUUCCAUCAGUGUGACAUUGAAGAACAUUAUACAAAAGAACUUCCCAGAGGAAUAUGCAGAAAGGAAGCAAGAGCAUGACGGUUUAAUCAAUGCUGGUGUAGAUUUACUCCCUCUUUUUGUCAUGGAUGUUGUCAUACCAUGUCAGAGGUUUGCACUCAAUAUAUUUGAACCUCGGUAUAGACUCAUGGUAAGAAGAAUAAUGGAAGGCAAUCAUCGGAUGGGAAUGGCUAUACUUGAUUCAACAGGUUCCUUAGCUGAGUUUGCCUGUGAAGUGGAAAUAACAGAGUGUGAACCACUUCCAGAUGGUCGUUUUUAUAUAGAGAUUGAAAGUCGUAGGAGAUUUCGUAUCAUCCGUUCUAGGGAUCAAGAUGGGUAUCGUGUUGCAGAGGUUGAAUGGAUACAAGAUAUUAUGCCACCAGAAGGAACAAGUGAAAGAGAGACUUUACAACAACAAACAUAUAAUGCAGCUGAAGAUGCUCGAUCGUGGAUAGCAAGAGCUAAAGAAGCAGCAAAACAUGACUGCUGCAAUACUAAACUACUGAAAUAUCAUACAGAUCCAAGAAAACUUGAGAGACUCGCCAGUGUUGAAGUAAUGAUGCCCUCACCAAAAGACCCUGAGCGCUUUAGUUUUUGGCUGGCUACUCUCUCCAAUCGGAGGCCUGCGGAAAGAUUGGAUCUCCUACGCAUAAGAGACACUGCUGAGAGGAUUAGACGGGGCCUGAUAUUUCUCCGACAAGAAGAACAAGGCUGCAGAAUUCAGUAAGACAAGCUGAGGACUAGCAUUAUUAUUGCAAUUGAAUAUUUGUUUAAUGUAAAUGAAUAUUUGUUUACUGCAAAUUCAUUUACAAGUCACAUAAUAUUUUUCGGCCUCGUAAAUAACUGUUGAUGAGGUCAUUUUUGUUGUAACAUUGGGUUGAUCCCACUUUUCAUAUAUAUAUAUAUAUAUAUAACAACAUAUUUAGUGGUAGAUUUCAACUUAAGAUCUUA